AUGAGAGGUGACAAAAUAUGGGCAGCUAGGAUUCACAAACCUGCCAAAAUGUCAUCAAUCUUAGGACUACCCAAACAGUACUCUGAUGUAACAGUCCUCAUUAACAGCGUCCACCUGCAUCCCUUCUGUGUGCUUGUGGAGUUCUGGGGGAAAUUUAGCGAGGGGAAUGCGGCAGAUUAUAAGUGCCUCGCCAAAGAGAUUCAGUCUCCUGGAAAAGCUUUUCAAGAGUUUGAAGGAAAUCCUGGAGACCAGUGCUUGGUUGAAGUAGAUGGUAAUUGGAACAGAUCCCGUAUCGUCUCAAGAAAUGGCUCGGUGUACACUGUGUUCCUCUUUGACAAAGGGAGGACAUAUAGCACUACCACACGUCAGCUUGCAUGGGGCAAGAAGAACCACUUCCACCUGCCACCCGAAGUGGAAUUUUGUGUCCUAGCCAAUGUGUUACCACUCUCACCUGAGAAAAGAUGGUCACCGGUGGCUCUUGAGUUUCUAAAAUCUCUCUCCGGGAAGUCUGUGCAGGCACAUGUGCAAAGUGUACUUGUUCCGCACAGAACAGUUCUCCUGCACAUCCCUUGCAUUUCCAAACAGAUGUACGAGAUGGGAAUUGCCAGGAAGCUCUCUCCAGAUGUGUUCCAGGACUUUGUCCUUAUGUCGCUGCAGUCACAAAAGGGAGCGAGGGCAUGUUCAGAGACUGGGAUCUCCAUGGGGCCAGCUGAGCGACUGCAUAAGAAAGAGCUCUUCAUGUACCCAGAGCUUUCCGCAGGAACCGUGGAGACCGUCAUAGUAACCGAGGUGACAAAUCCCCACCGGGUGUUUUGCCAGUUGAAGGUCUUCUCACAGGAGCUGAAGAAACUCUCGGGCCAAAUCACACAGUGCUGUGAGGGCAGAACAACCAAUUGCAUUGUAACUCCAGACAUGAUAGGGUUUCCGUGCGCUGCCAGAGGAAGUGAUGGCAGCUGGUACCGCUGUGUUCUCCAACAGGUAUGCCCCAAAAACAAUAUGGUUGAAGUGUUACACGUAGACUACGGAACAAAACAGUUUGUUCAAAUGGAGAAUGUAAGACCACUGGCUGCAGAGUUCUUCAGAAUGCCUGUCGUGACUUACAUCUGUUCCCUCCAUGGAAUCAUUGACAAAGGGGUUGGAUGGACAACCUCCCAGAUUGACUAUCUCAGGACCCUUCUUAUGCAAAAGACAGUGAUUGCCAAAUUUGAGUAUCAAAGCAUCUCUGAGGGUGUUUACUACGUCACGCUCUAUGGAGAUGAAAACGCAAGCAUUAACAACCUGUUUGGAUCCAAGGAGAGCUGUUUCCUGGAGAUUGAAAAAACACUUGAUUAUGCCAUCCGCAACACUGCAUCCAAGCGUUCAACUCCAAAAGAAGGAAACCAAAGAAAGGCGCUCACUCCUGUCCUCUCUCUCCACUCCAUGCAUGCAGUGUCAGUGAAGCACAUAUCUGACCCAUCAGCGUUUUGGAUCCAAACGCAGACUUAUGCAAAUGAGUUUUCUGAACUGAUGGAUAGUAUUUACCAUCUGUACAAGGAUCCGGAAAAUGAAGAUGUGGUGAAAAAUCCGACCGUUGGCCUCUACUGUGCUGCAGAAGCAGAAGAUGGUAAGCUCUACAGAGCAAUGGUGACUGAAGGUGGUGAGACACAAGUCAAGGUGUUCUUUGUUGAUUGUGGAAAUAUCAAAAUUGUUGACAGGAGGAACAUCAGGACCCUUCCUGAUGAUUUAAGGAAGCUGCCAUGUCUUGCACUUAAAUGCUCCCUGGCUGGUGUUCAGCCAAAAGAUGGGAAAUGGAGUCACAGCGCUUGUGAUUUUUUUAUCAAAGCAGUCAAAGAUAAAAAUCUAACUGUGCACGUGACAGCGAAAUAUGAUGAGGGCUAUUCUGUCCAACUAAUUGACCCUGAAGCACAAGGAGAAAGAGAUCUUGGCACUCUGAUGUGUAACUCUGGCCAUGCUGAAAGGGCUGAGCCGCAGCAACAACGGCAAACCAAAAUGACCACACUACCUGCUCUCCUGCCACAAGUCCCUGAUGGCAGGCUCUUGGGUCCAUACAGCAACAAAGGAAUGUCUUUCCAGGCAACCCUGAACACCGUUGCCCCGGAUGGUAAGGAAAGACUAAUUCCAACAUUCAAAGAGCACAUGUUUCCCAUUGGAAGUGUCAUUGAUGUCAAUGUGUCCUACAUCAAAAGCCCAAAUGACUUUUGGUGCCAACAAGUACAGAAUGCCGGGCAUUUGAAAUUGCUCAUGCAUGACAUACAGGCUCAUUAUACUGGCAGUGAGUUCCAACCCAAUGUGGAAAUGGCUUGUGUCGUUCGCCACCCCGAUAACCGAAUGUGGUACAGGGCCCUUGUAAUCCACAAACAUGAGACGCCUGAUGUGGACGUGUUACUUGUUGACUAUGGUCGGAUGGAGACCGUUUCCCUCUAUGACCUGAGGAAGAUCAGCCCACAAUUCCUUGCUCUGCAAGGCCAAGCAUUUCGAUGCAGUCUGUUAAACCCUGUUGACCCCACAUCUGCCGUAAAUGAGUGGACUGAGGAAGCAACCGCAGAGUUCCACAACUUUGUGGAAACCGAAGCCUCCAACUUUAAGAUUUUGAAGUGCACCAUAUAUGCUGUCAUGUACAGCGAGCAGAAAAUAGUUUUCAACAUUGUGGAUCUGGAAACUCCUUUUGAAAGUGUCUGCACCAGUAUGGUCAAUCUGGUCAAAAGUUCCCCACCCAGGAAAGCUGCUGGGCCAUCUUUCCGAUUGGACACUUACUACUACUCGACACACAAUGUCAAAACUGGAACAGAGGAACCGGUCACAGUGACCUGUGUGAACAGCGUCCAUGAGUUUUACUGCCACCUUGAAAAAAACGCUGAUGUAAUAAAAGAUCUCAUGAUCAAAGUGAGAAAUCUUUGUCAACAGCUUGAGAAUUUAAAGCUCCCAACCGUCUUUGGAACUUUGUGCUUUGUGAAAUACACCGAUGGACACUGGUACAGGGGACAGAUCAAGGCCACGAAGCCAGCGAUUUUGGUUCACUUUGUGGAUUAUGGGGACACCAUUGAGGUGGAAAAGUCUGACUUGCUUCCAGUUCCCAGAGAAGCUAAUGACAUCAUGGCUGUGCCUGUGCAAGCAAUUGCGUGUAGUCUGUCUGAUGUCCCUGCCAAAGCUCCCACUGAGAUGAACCGCUGGUUUGAGACGAGUGCAACAGAAUGUAAAUUUAGAGCACUAGUGGUGGCCCGAGAACCUGAUGGCAGACUGCAGGUGGAGCUGUAUCAUGGAAACACUCAGGUCAAUUUGAAGAUCAAGAAGAUGUUUCAGAUUGAGAAGCAAGAAGUGAAUGUUGUCAACCAGAGUCAGAGGGCACUCAAGGAUUCAGAAAAUUCUGCUCACAAGAAUUCAAAAGUUGUCCCAAAACAAGCCGCAGGAAUGGAUGAUCGCAUUAAAAUCAUCAGUGAAACUGCCUCCGCUCCAACACGAGCGUGUCAAAUGUGGAACGCCGAUCUGAGCCUGCAGUCUGCAGCGAAGCCUCUGAGCCAUGUUUGUGAAAGUGGCCGAAAAAUGAGAGCAGAUCCUAUUGAGUUCUACAUACCUCCACACAAAAGACAGUCAUGUGGACAGACCCCAAGUGGUACAGAAAGUGUCUCCGAGCCGACAGGUGCCCAUCUCAAAACCAAAAACACCACAGAAACAAAACCGCUCCUCAAGUCCAUAUCCCCUGGCACUGAAUCUCAGAAGGAAAGCCAUGUGGAAAAGUUCCCUAAACUCGCAGACCUACCGCCAAGCUCCAUCACAACAGGUAUGGAAGCAGAUGUUUAUGUCUCGCACUGCAAUAGCCCUUUGAGUUUCUAUGUGCAACUUGUCAGCGAGGAGGAGGAAAUAUUCUCCCAUGUGGAAAAGCUAAAUGAGCCCCAAUCAACACCCCAAUGCGACGCGGUCAAAGAUGUGUGUCCAGGUGACCUUGUUCGAGCUGAGUUCGCAGAUGAUUCCUCGUGGUACAGAGCCAUUGUAAGAGAAGUCCGUGGCAAAACGAUGGCCCUUGUCGAAUUUGUUGAUUUUGGGAACACCGCAAUAAUCCCAAUUUCCAGGAUUGGGAGACUCCAGGAGGGCUUCUUGCACCAUCCCGUCUACAGCACUCACUGUAUGCUGAGUGACGCUGUCGGUCUUGCGAAGGAGGAGGUGCUUAAACCAGAGGUGGUGUCAGCGUUCAAAGACCUAGGUGGUAAUGGAGAAAAGGUUCUCAAGUGCCACUUUGUCAGGCAGUCAGGAUCUGUGUGGGAAGUCAGGCUUGAAGGUGUAAAUGCCAUUUGUAAAGUCCCUCCUGAUGAUGGCACUAAAAUUGCCUCAGUGGAACCAAUCGAAGUCCAGCAACAGGCUGGCCACAUCUUGCAGACUGUGCCUGAGAAAUCACUGCCAACACCCUCUCCACGUUAUCACCAAGUAGAGUUUGUGAAGGGACAACGGUUAGAAGUCUACAUCACAGCUAUAAAUGAUGCUCAGACCUUUUGGUGUCAGCGCACGGACUCCGAAGACCUUGAGAAGGUUACAUCGAGUGUCUCUAAACUUUUGGAUGGGGCUGAUCACAAACCCGUUGACCCGGGCUCUGUGUCCCGUGGCAGCCUAUGUAUCGCUCUCUUCUCAGACGAUGGUUUUUGGUACCGUGCAGAGGUCAUCGACAAAGAUGGAGAUGAGCUGUCGGUUCUCUUUGUGGACUAUGGGAACGAGACCCAACUCAACUUUGCAGAUGUGAGGGAAAUGCCCCCUGACCUGAUGGAAACCCCUCCACAGGCCUUCUUGUGCGAGCUUGAAGGCUUCGAUGCUUCACGUGGAUCCUGGGACAGCGGUGGAGUAGAUGCAUUGUCAAUGCUUACAGCAGACAAAGUGUUACAGCUGACUGUCACCAGAGUAACGAGAGAAACGGGAACAGUCAAAUGCCUCGUGAGGAUGGAAUGUGAAGGCCAGGUGAUAAAUGAGGCACUGAAAACCAGGUGGAGGGAAAACCAGCCGGGUGGUGUUGGAGCAACCACUUUGUACCAAACUUCGUUACAAUGUGACUUGCCUGUGAAAGCGACUGCGCCACUCGAGGAUCAACUUGAGCAUGACAAAGGCCAAGACACGCAGGCCGCUGUUGCUAGCCUUUCCCGUCGGAUAAACCAAAGUGACGAGCUCGACCCCCUCCGAGACGGGUUGCCAUGUAAUCGCAUACAGGAAACCGGGUUACCUCAACUCCAUGACAAAAGUGACCCACGUGUUCUGACCGUGAGCUGUGACAAAAGUGUGGUGGAAAAUGAAGCCGAAGGGGUUUUCUUGGCAACCGACAUGCGGCCAGAUGACUUUAAUCUUCAGUCAGAUGAGAAGCCAGCGGAGGCCAUAGGUCACCUCGCAAUGACCGACUCCGAGGGAAACUUGGACAUCAUGAAUUUGUCUCGUGAACAAGUCUUGUCCGAGGAAAGUGAUAAAAGCACGGCUGCUAUGGGAAGAGAUACUGCUGUAAACAAAACGGAUGCAGUGAAAAUGAUUGCGACUGAAGUGGUGCUGUCCUGCUGUGUGCUUCGGCCGCUUGAUGUUCCUACAGAGCAGGAGAUGAACCUGGAAGAUGGCGUCGCCAAGGAGACGCUGCCGUGUGUCAACGCACAUGUUGAAAAUGACUCGAUGACUGUGGCGGAGACUGUGGCUCCUCACGAGGCUGGAUAUUCAGCCAUCGAGACACAGAGCGGCACUGCCGCCUCCCAAGACCCGGAGGAGGAGGCCACCCGUUCUGUUGAUGAGGAGGAGGCCACCCGUUCUGUUGAUGAGGAGGAGGAGGAGGAGGCCACCCGUUCUGUUGAUGAGGAGGAGGAGGAGGAGGCCACCCGUUCUGUUGAUGAGGAGGAGGGGGAGGCCACCCGUUCUGUUGAUGAGGAGGAGGAGGAGGCCACCCUUUCUGUCGGCGAUGAGGAGGAGGAGGAGGAGGCCACCCUUUCUGUCGGCGAUGAGGAGGAGGCCACCCUUUCUGUCGGCGAUGAGGAGGAGGCCACCCUUUCUGUUGGCGAUGAGGAGGAGGCCGCCCUUUCUGUCGGCGAGGAGGCGGAGGCGGCCCGUUUUGCCGGCGAUGAGGAGGAGGCCGCCCGUUCUGUCCGCGAGGAGGAGGCGGCGGCCCGUUCUGUCGGCGAGGAGGAGGCGGCGGCCCGUUCUGUCGGCGAGGAGGAGGCGGCGGCCCGUUCUGUCGGCGAGGAGGAGGCGGCGGCCCGUUCUGUCGGCGAGGAGGAGGCGGCGGCCCGUUCUGUCGGCGAGGAGGCGGCGGCGGCCCGUUUGGCAGACGUCUCUCCAGACACAAACAAGCCAAGUGAUGGAUGGACGAGCCGCAGUGCAACAGAUGCUGAUCUCAGCACCUGGUCAGCAGAGAUCCAACGUGAACCCCAGCUUCCACAACAACUAACCGGGCAGGAAGUGGGAGACUUUUCCCUGCAGAGCGAGGCCAUGCUUAAUAAGACUACAGACGGGACCCCGGACCUUCACGGAGAUCACCUUUUUGCUUUGCCAUCUGACGGCGACGCGGCGGAGUACGCGGCCCGCUGUCCAGACCUGAGUGACCUGAUUAAAGAAGUGACCGGAGGGACCGGCGUCUGCAGAGGUGCACAUCAGGAAGCUGCGAGGGACUCCGGCCCCCCCAGUCCUGGAGAGAGGCCGAGCUGUCGAGGAUUACUCAUCUCUCUGAUCAAUGAAGAUAAUCAGCAGCAGCCGGAGGAGUAACUACUGUUUUCUUCAUUUUCCUUUUACCAACUGCUUUAAGUUGCAACAUGUUCAGUUCCUUUCUUUGUUAAUGCUCAACGGCAGCUUUUAGUUUUUUUCAUUUAUUCCUUUCUUGCUAUUGCAGACUAAUUCUGGUUGUACAGUAAUGGCAUUAAUGAGUCAGUCAGCACUGUUGUUACAGCGUUCACAUGAUUCCUGUUUCCCUGAAACAAAGCAGCUCUGAAUGGUUGUGAAAUGCAGAUGUUUUCUGUAGCUCUAUUUGUGUUGGCACAAUAAAUCAGUUCUGAUCUGUAA